CACCCGACAACUCGUCAGGGCGGGAGCUGGCAGCUCUUGGCCAUCGCAACUUCUGUCCUGAAACUCAAGCAAUCGAGUGGACAGAUGCUUUUGUUCUCCAACCGUGAAGCUCGAAUCAAUCUUUCCGGCUUCCUGUACCGUGAGGCCUGCAGGUCUGUGGUCCAUCAGCUCCCUGGCCCGGGUGACCGGUUUCCUAUAAUAUGCACUUCGGGCCGCACCACAAAAUUCCCUACCAGACAACCCGACAAUCCGUCCGUCCGAACACACCAGAAAGCCCUUUGGCCUAUUGCUGAUGAAAACAAUGUUAUAAUUAUCUUUAGCUUAAUCAGGCUCCUUUUGGCUAAGGGAAAGUAA